AUGUUUGCGAAAAAUCUAUUAACACAAAUAUUUCAUAUUCGGUAUCCAAUCAUUCAAGCACCCAUGUCUCCGUUGACAACGCCGGAACUUGUUGCGAAUGUGUCGAAUGCCGGUGGCAUGGGUACCAUAGCAGGUGCCCGAAUGACUGCUGAACAAUUAACCAAUGAAAUACAACAAGUGAGAUCAUUAACAGAUAAGCCAUUUGGCGUUAACUUGUUUAUACCGCCGAAACAAACAGAAAUAUCAGCACAAAUGAUCGAUUCUGUCCGAAAGGAAUUGAAACGAUUGAUAGCGAAAGGAAAAGUGAGUGAUUGCAGAAUUGAUUUCGAUUCAAUUUCAGUAAAGCCACCCAAGGACCUCUAUCCAGAACAAAUUGAAGUCAUUCUCAAAGAGAAAGUGUCCGUUCUUUCGUUUACGUUCGGAUAUGUGUCAGACGACAUCAUUAAGAAAUGUAAAGAAUCGAAUAUUCGGUUGAUUGGAACGGCAACUACAGCAAAGGAAGCAGUUCUUUUAAAAGAAAAAGGAUGUGAUGCUGUGUGUUUACAAGGUUCAGAAGCAGGCGGUCAUCGAGGUAGUUUUCUUACAAAUGAUCUCGAAACCAUUGAACAAUCAACUAUCGGUUUACAAUCUCUUCUUUCCCAAACAACGCAAUUUAUCGAUCCGGCUUCAUAUCCAAUGAUCGCAGCUGGUGGAAUUAUGGAUGGAGCUGGUUUAGUCAAUGCAUUAACGUCAGGUGCAUCAGGUGUACAAAUGGGUACAAGAUUUCUUACCUGCCAUGAAAGUAAACAACUUGUGCCAGAAGCUCAUCGAAGACUAUUACUCGAAGCGAGAAGGAACAUUAAUGAAGUCCGUCCAACAGUUUUAACUCGUGCUUAUACAGGUAAACCAGCGCGUGGAAUGCGAACUGCGAUUACCGAUCAGUUUCGAGAGAAGAUGAUGUUACCAUGGCAAUAUCAAGCUCAACUUGUCUUACCACUAUGUAAAUAUGCUGCAGAAACUAAGCAGAUCGAUUUUAUGCAAUUAUGGGCUGGACAAAAUUAUGCACGAUGCGAAGAUCAAUCAGCGACUGAAAUUAUCCAACAAGUUAUGAGAGAAGCUAAGGAAAUACUUAAGCGUUAUAAAUAA